UGCCGCCCCUACCCGCGGCCCGCCUCGCCGCCCCCCCUCCCCCACGACACCCUGCAGGCCGUCGGCGGCGUCCCCGCCGUGGCCCAGCUCUCCCUGCCCGCCCUGGCAGAACUUCAUGAUGUCCUGGAAGAAUAUAAAGAAGGAGCUGCAAAAUUUAUAGGUAUGCCAGAUGCUGUGCUGUACUGCUCCCUUCAUGACCCGGUCGCUCCCCGUCCAUCUGGCUACAACACUAACAAGACAGUGUCCCUGUGGGGAAACUCGGGACGCAUGGAAAUGACAGCUUCCAAGUUCAUGGACAUACAGCGGGCCAUCCAGCCAGACUGGUUCCAGUGCAUCUCUGAUGGAGACACCAUUUCUGGGGAAGCUGGUAGAAAAAGGGCCAAGAAGUCUGUGGAUAGGUCACUUUCCUUCCUGGAUGUAUGCCUUCAGCUGCUAGAAAAAUCACCGGAACUACAAGGAACUGUAAUGUUUGGGGCAAUUGAAGGUGGAGAUAUCUUGGAAGAGAGGCUCAGAUCAGCCAGGGAGACUGCCAAGCGACCUGUGGGUGGCUUUCUGCUAGAUGGCUUCCAGGGAUGUGCCAUGGCCAAGGAGACCAAGUUGAAACUGAUAGCUUCUGUCACAGCAGAGCUGCCAGAGGAUAAACCAAGAAUCAUUCAUGGUGUCGGCAAACCAGAUGAGGUGCUUGAGUGCAUUGAAAGGGGAGUGGACAUUUUUGAGAGCUUCUUUCCCUUCCAAGUGACAGAGCGAGGCUGUGCGUUGGUUUUCAGUUAUGACUGCUAUCCAGAUCCUGAAGCAGCAGCUUUAAACCAAAAUGGGGCCCAGGACCUGGAGAAGAAUGGUGCUGAAGAUCAGGAUGAAAUCUGCAAAGCUGACCCAGAAAUGACACCAUUUGAGAUAUUUCUGAAGGACAAAAGAUACCAAGAUGAUUUUGGUCCUUUGCUGGAAGGAUGCAGCUGUUACUGUUGUCAGAGGCAUACUCGCGCCUACGUCCAUCACCUCCUCGUGACCAAUGAGCUGUUGGCCGGCGUCCUGCUCAUGAUGCACAACUUCCAGCACUACUUCAGUUUCUUCAGUGCCAUACGGGGUGCCUUAAGAGACGAUAAACUGGAUCAGCUGAAAAAGCUUGUCUUCAGGCAGGCGCUUCAAGGCUCAGCAAAUGCGAAGCCAGGCCAGUGA